GCCUGAACGCAGCAUUUUUUCUGCGUCUGGGAACAAAAACAUCGGAGCGGCUCGGUCACAUGUAGCGCGCCCAGCCGCAGCACGAGCGCGGAGCCGCGAGGAACGAGGAAGUCAGUCGAGCCGUUGGCGUCCAGGAACAAGCAGCAGCGGUGCGUCCGGCUCCCGUCCCCGGCUCCCUCCGCCACCUCACCCGCCACCUAUGGUUCUCCUCCGGCACAUUUCCAUCGCCCUGACCGCCGCCGUGGCUGCCCUCGGCUCCGCGCUCUUCAUCGCGCUGAACUACUUCUACAAGAGGCGGAUAUGGUCCCCGCAGGCGGAGUACUGCACCAUCAAAGAGGAGGAAGAGGAGCGUGGGAAGCGCCAGGUCCUGGUACUCGGUCUGGACGGGGCUGGGAAGAGCAGCAUGCUACAGGGUUUGACCCCUGGGGAUUCAGCGGCUAAGAGACGCCGGUGCCGGCCCACCCGCGGCUUCAACUUUAUGAGUCUCAACGCCCCCGCCUGUCAGCUCGACUUCCUGGAGAUUGGUGGUGGCGAGGAUCUGCGGCGCUACUGGUCAGAUUACCUGAGACGGACUCACGUUCUGGUGUACGUGGUGGACUCGUCUGACAGAAGCCGCCUCCCUUUGGCUAAAGCUGAACUGCACCGCCUCCUGAGGGUGGAGCCCCAGCUGCCUGUGGUCGUCCUGGGAAACAAGCAGGAUAAGCCGAAUGCUGUGAGUGUGUCGGAGCUCCAUGAAGCCUUGUCUCUGGGCUCCGUGACCGAGGACAGAAAGCUGUUUCUCUUGGCCGCCCAGCUGGACUCUGAUGGAGCCGUGAGGAAGUCCUGCAAGUGCCUGGAUGCAGUCCAGGACCUGCUGCUCCAGCUAGUCUGAUCAAGUAUCCCUCCCACAGAGCAGAAGAGGAGGCAUGGAAGCAAAGGGGUGGCUUGAGGACACCCUCCUCCUCCUCCUCUCUGGUUUUCUUGUUUAAGCUCCGAGGCAGAGGAGGAGGAAGGCGGGAGAGUGAAAAGAUGCCAAAAUGGAGUGCUGUUUUUUUCAGUACCUCUUCUUCUUUUCUUCUGGUCCUUUUUUUAUUAGUUGGCUUUAGAAACAGUUCUCAAGCAUCUUACACUUUCCCACCAACUCAUCUGUUCUUGCUCAGUGAAGAAGAGGAAGUGCAGACUGAGGAGGAUGAAGACAGAAGGUGGCCCUGAAGUGACUCAGAUCUUACAGAGAUCACCUUCUGCUGCUGACUCAGACUCUUAUUUAAUGUUGGCCUGUUACAGGUUUAUUUAAGCAUGUAGUUUGCGUGUAUAUAAAAUGUGUGCUGUUGGGUGUCAGGUUUGUAGAAACAGAUUUUUGUCGGGUUUUCUUGUUUUAUGAAAUGUUUUUGUGUAAAGUGAGAUCAGGGCGUUGGCAGAGCAGAACGGUUGGCGUUUGGGGAUUAGUUGACUUUGCUUCAGAGGAUGACUUCUGCACUGCAGCUUCUCUGAGAUCUAGUGGAAUAUUGUGUGGAAAUUCAAAGGGAAGUCCGAGACUUUAAAAAACAAGUAAAAAAUGCAACAUUUUUUACUUCUUGCCAGUAUUGUCAUUAUUGGGGGAUAAAGUUUCGACAUUUCAAAGGUCGUAAAGUGAAAAUAAUUCCUUGCUUAUCUAACGAGUUCGUAGUUUCCUAGGAAACACUUCAAACAAAACGAUGUACAGACACUGGGGGUUAGCUGCUUUUCAUUGUUAGCUCAUCAGGCUAACAAAAAUAAACAGCUAUUCUGACACCUUCUCUAAAUUGUGGCCGAAAGCAUAUGUAUUCAAAUACUUUAGGCUUGGAAGCUUGCAUUAAUUAUUUUAAUACAGAUACUUAAUUUAAAAUAAGUGAAAUACAAGGAGUAGUCAUACAUUUGAUUACAGGCACAACAUUAGCUAAUCUAGUUCUACUACUGGCAGCUGCAAUAUCAAAAAACUGUGUGGAUAUUAAUCGAUGAUAAAUCCAUGCACUACCAAAAUAAUGUCACGCUAACACCAUAAUAAAUUAUAGAUGUUUACAUUUUCGGUACAAACUUAAUGAUCUGUCAAGUUGGGAGAAGGAGAAACAUUCGAAAGUCACAAAUCCGUUUAUUGCAGUUCUUCCAGCUCGGUCUUAAAAGAAAGUGGAAAAAAGUCGCAAAAAAAAGUUCCUGUUAAUGGGUUGGAACUGUCAACUUUUUUUGAAACAGCACAACUUUGUAAGAAUAUUUAGUGUCUGGAGCAUGUAGCAGCUUAAUAAGACGUGGCACCAUGAUGUUUUAAACCUAACCCAGUGUUUUAAAUUUAACCAGUUUUAGACAUUUGAAAUGUGACCUCUGAAACAAUUAAUUCAACAUUCAGAACAAGGUAAUGGUGGCUCUAUGAAAGUGGAAAAUAUGAACUCUAUGUACACGGAUAUGAAUUUGUGUUCCCAAUACAUCAUGUAAUAUAGUGGCUGUAUUUCAGAAACUCUUGUGAAACUGCAACUGGUUGUUUUUAAAAAUGUGUUUAUAGUCAUAAAAGUUUUAAUGGAGAAACGACACAAUGGACUGCUGUAACAUGGUCAUGAAAUACUUUGUCGUGCAUUUGCCUGACAAUUUUUUUCUAAAUUACUCAGAUAACUUCAGAAAUUCAAAAGAAAUCUUACUGAAAAAUGUCUCUGUUUCUGAAGAGAGAAGUGUCUCAGAAAGGGACCUUGCUGCUUCAGAGAAAUUGGGCUUUUAGGUCAAUAGAUACUCUUUGUGAUUUAAGAUGUCCCAUAAAUUCAGAAAACAGGGCAAUUGAUUUUGUCAACUGAACCCAUCCUGCUUCUGUAAACCCUCAAACAAUUUCUUGAAAAAAUGCCAAGUUGUGUCUACCCUCAGAUUCUCUAGUUAUGGGCAGUAAUAGUCAGCAGUGGAUCUAAACUCAAUUCUUUAUUUUGCCCGUGCAGUCUGGACGUCAUCCCGUUUAUAAGCUCAUACUUCCAGUCCCAUUUCAGUAACUGCAUAGAAAUCAUUUAUCCCGUAAACUACACGUCUUUGAAUGUAUAACUGCAGUAUUUGACUUUUAAGCUCUGUGUAAAGAUAAAAUGGAAUUAGCUAGAUCUUUAAAUGCUGUAUGUGUGCAGCAAUGUUCGCUUACGACGCAGUUUUACUUUUUAAUGAAUGUGAAGUUUUAUUCCUUGUGAUGUACUUCAGAAAUGUGUUCACUUUAAAGUUGAGUGGAUUUGCUGUUUGAACACUGUUUUAUAACCAGUCACUGCGUUUCCUCUUUUAUGUGUUCUGUUAGAUAUACAUUCAUGCAUGUCUACAUGGUUUUUUAUCACCAAACCUAAAGGGGACCUAUUCAGUUCAUUUCCAGCUCAGUGGGUUUAUUCUUGAAUUCUACCAGAGUUACUUUGCAUGAUUUACGGUUUAAAAUAAUGCUAAUUAAUCUAAUUACUGGCUGUUAGUGCAACUUGAGAGAUGUUAGUUCAUUUCCCUAUCAGUCUUCAAUCCAACUUUAUUCUGAAAAUUUGGUUCCCUGGAGAGCCAGGUGGGCGGAGCUUCUGUGCGUAGAGAAGACUGCUUGAAGCAUGGUGACUCUUAGAGCAGUCUGAAGCCUGAACUUUUGACUCACGUGUUUAAUAUGCAGAUCCACCUUUGUAAAUGCUGUGACAAAAUGUGGAGAAAGAUAAACAAGACAUAAUCGAGUCAUCUUAAACGUCAUAUUGAAUGGAAAAUUGGCUUAAGUUUGUUUUGCUUGGGGAUUUUUUCCAUGUGAUAAGAGUGACAUAAAGUCUUAUGUUUCUCAAGUAUUUACUUUCCUGACUGCUCUGCUGUAAUAAAGACAUACAGGUUUACAUACUUA